AUGGUUAAUAUAACCAGUUUGGUGAAUGAAUUCAUCCUCAUGGGAUUUUCAGAUUUAAGGGAUCAUCAAGUCCUCCAUGCCAUACUGUUCUUACUUAUCUACUUGAUAGCUCUCUUUGGCAACCUCCUCAUCAUUAGUCUCACCACGUUGGACCAACACCUCAACAGUCCCAUGUACUUCUUUCUGAAAACUCUGUCAUUGAUAGAUCUCUGUUUCAUCUCUGUUACACUUCCCAAGUCUGUCAUUCAUUCUUUGAGCCAAAAUAGUUCCAUAUCUUUCCUGGGAUGUAUGGCACAGGUCUUUUUUGUUGUUUUGUUUGCUUGUACUGAGCUGGCCUUGCUCACAGUAAUGUCUUAUGACCGAUAUGUGGCUAUUUGCCACCCUCUAUAUUAUCAGGUCAUCAUGAGAAAAGGAGCCUGUGAGAAAAUGGUGGUUGCUUCAUGGCUCAGCGGAGCUGUAUCUGGGUUCUUGAAUACAUCUGUGACCUUCUCAUUACCAUUUUGUAGGUCAAAUUUUGUCCAUCAGUUCUUCUGUGAGAUCCCUUCAUUACUCAAACUGUCCUGCUCAGAAAAGUAUCUUGCUGAGAUUGGAGCCAUAAUUGUCACAACUUCCUUAGGAUUUGUGUGUUUUAUAUCUAUCAUAGUUUCCUAUGUCCACAUCUUCUCCACAGUUCUAAGAAUUUCAUCGAUGGAAAGUAGGUCAAAAGCCUUCUCAACUUGCAUUCCUCACCUUAUAGUUGUUACUGUUUUCCUAACUACAGGGUCUAUAGCCUACCUAAAACCUGCAUCAGACUCACCUUCAGUUUGGGAUCUUCUGGUGUCUGUAUUCUACACUGUAGUGCCACCCACUCUAAAUCCCAUAAUCUAUAGCCUGAAGAACAAAGAUAUGAAAGUUGCCUUCUGGAAAUUUUUGAAAAAAAUUAUCAUUUUAUAG